CACAAUGUAAUCACUAUGUUUUCAGGUGUGAGAAAAUUCAAAAACGUGCAUUCAGAAGUCAUGUUUUCUUCUAGUCCGGACACAUUUUCAGACCGUGAACUAUUUGAAGCAUCCAAAAUGAUGACUUGUGGUGAUGAAGUUCCUGGAUGUGGAUUUCCGUUCAACUUUGAGGACUACAUAAAUCUGGAUGGUACCCAGGUUGUCCCAGACAUUAAUGCCCUUAGCCUGAAUGGCUGUCAACCCAUGCAGUUAGAUGGGGAAGAGAGCAAAAGCAGAAGUGACAGUUUAACUUCGUGGAAGAGCUGCUCCAGCCUGAAUGAGUCUGGUUACUCGUCAGAUGAGAGUGCGUCCCCAAGGAUGGACGAGGCUCUUCCUUCUCCAGGAAACAACUGCCUGGACUUAGACCAGCAUACAACUCCCGGUUUAAUGGAGUGUUUGGGACCUACAGAAGAUUGGUCCAACUACCCACCAUACACAUGGACAGCGGCUCAGUUAGAAAGUUUUCUGAAGUCGGUCUGGACGUCUAAUAAUAUCACUGGGGAGUAUGACCUGGAUAAGUUGGACCUGACUGGGCCAGAGCUGUGGUGUUCAACAGCAGAUGAUUUGAAAAAACGUUCAGAAUAUGGAGGACUCCUGUACGAAGCCCUCACGCAGAUUGCGAGUAGUUCCCAAUGGGAAAGUAAGUGCUAUAUUUGUAUCAAUAUAAACAACAAAUUUCUGUGUAUGAUGUCUAGGGUAGAUUGCUUUUCCUAUAAAAUAAGGUUAAAACUUUUUUGUCCCUUUGCAGGUUCCAGUACCUCCUGUGGAGGAUGUUACGAUCCAUCAAGUGAUGAGAUGUUUAAUCUUCUUGCUAUGCAAGAUUCCCCUUACUUUUCCCUUCCGGAUGAUCUUCCCGUGGAAGAAAUCCACCGAUUGCUUGCACAAAGUGAUGAAACCAACGAUAUGGAUGAUAGUCAUGCUGUGAUUGGAAACAUAGAUGGCGAUUUUGACAGCAACUCUCAAGAAGUCGCAGGCCACGUGACAAGCUCUGCAAGCCAUUCUUUCGUAGCUCAGAACAACUCUGUUACAGAGGUUGCCGGCUCAUUAUCCAAGCCACAAUCGACCCACACUCGUGGCUACUCUGUUGGCAGUUAUGCAGCACAACACAACUCUGGUGCCAACGGCUUCUGUGCCUCUCGCCUGUGGCCUCCAAAUGGAUGUUACCCGCCAUGUGUUCCAUCCCUUAAUGGAUUUCCUCCACCGCGUCAACCCCCUCGCUCCUUGCCAGAACUUACCAGGAACAAAGACCUCCCUCCGGUGCCCCCUCUGAUCAAAUCUCCUGAUCUUCCCUCCCCCAGCAGCCCCCCGGACAACUUCCCUAGGUCUUCACUGCAGACACUUUCUUUGGCGGCCAGUUUCUUAGAGAAAAGCAACCCUCUGUUUGAUCAGGCAUCGCAAACAAAGAAAGCAUCUUCUGAGGAACGCACCAGCCGAGGUGCGCGUUAUGAAGAGCCCUUCUCCGCUGGCAGCCACGGCGAGAACGGACCCUUACCUCCUGACGUAAAGAAACCUAGAUUAGAUACUUCGUUUGUCAGUCAAAAGAAGCCACCGUCAAACGGGGUCCAACCCCCUAUGAAGCCGACACCAGCUGAGUCUCAAGUGCCUUUUCCGGCAAACCUUUCCCCAAAAUCGUGCGGGGAUAGUGAUUAUGGAGAAGAACGGGUAUCUCCAUCACCCCCAACGUCCCCAUACCCCAGGGGGUCCCCGUCGCAGAGGGGAUGCGACUCUCCUGUAGCACGAAGAAGGAACAGCUCCAGUUCAACAGAUUCUGGCACUGAGGACGCCAAAGAUGGAAACCACAGCCGAAGUGACUCUUCCACAAAAAGUUCUACCUCAGGUUCGCCAGGUGCAAAACCCCGUGUUGGCCGAAGAAAACAGACAAGAUCUCUGCACCUGUGGGAAUUUCUUAAAGAGUUACUGGAAAACAAGGAUACCUGUCCUCGCUACAUUACAUGGAUCGAGCGCGAGGAGGGCAUUUUCAGGCUUGUCAACUCAGGAGCCGUUGCUAAGCUGUGGGGUCAACGGAAGAACCGCAGGAACAUGAAUUACGAAAAGAUGAGCCGUGCUUUGCGAUAUUAUUACGAGAGGAAGAUUCUAGAACGUGUCCCUGGACAGCGUUUGAUCUACAAAUUCGCUCCGGAUACGAUGAAAGAAUGUAACUUCAGCUUUAUGAAGAAGGACGGUUAAAAAAAAAGUUUGAAACGUUUUUGUACAAGUAGUGUAGCUUUAUCAAUAUGAAUUUGUGAUUUCUCAAACUUGUUUAUUUGUUUGCGAAUCUGUGACAUCCCAUCAGACCCCCCGGAAAAAUAUUUGAGAGAAAGCGUUGAAUGUACAGAAAUCUCGUCAAUGAAUGAUGUUAGUGAAUCCUAUCACUUUCCUCAAAGUUUAACUUAAAAAUUCCUCAAUUUUUCAAUUUCAAACACAACCUGUACAAAAAUACACAAACACGGUACAACCGUAUUUUAGUCUUGUUUCAAUUUGUAGCGUCAUGUCGAGGCACUAUCGUCUUUUAGGGGGAAGGUCCAAUCUGUUGGAGGGGAUGUUACAGAAACGCGUAUAACUUCCCAAAAAAUUAAUUAUGAAGUGAAAUUCAGUCGCUUUGUCGGCUUGCACCAGAGGAUCUUAGCGACUGAGAGUUCAUUUUCCUCUCCAAUUUAAAGAAUCAAACUAGGAACCUUUUAUAAAGAAAACAAACUGAUAGGUGAAGGUUAGCGGACAUUUUCGUGUUAAAGGGCAAAAUACAGCGCACCUCUGAUGCGUUGUCUAAAAUUUCAACACUUAAAAGUCCACCAGGACUGGAGAAUCGACUAUUUUUUGUCUCGUUGUGUUUGUAAAAGUUGUGCUUUUGUUGCAAACCUUCGUGUAAAUAGAACUAUUACAAUAACUUACUACGUAUUUGCAUUUCACUCGGUACUACAUUCGAAUUCAGCAUUUUGGAACAAAGUACAAAACUGUCCCGGAGGCGGUGGAUUUCGAAGGGUAAAGAUUUGGUUUCCUUUCAUUUUUUGUGGCAAUUUUUCCAGGUUUUUUCACAUUUAUUAGUGAAUUAUAGCGAGAGAAAGUUUGUUAUAUAGUUAGUUGACUCGUUUGCUAAUGUCAGUGUGCUAGCAGCUUUCAUCGUUUUGGCAAAACGAUAAUAGAUUGAGUUCAAAAAGGAACACGAUCCAUUUACGAUUGGUUUGAGUACUUUAGACGAGCUUCAUUACAGAUGGGUCAUUCAUGGUCACCAUUCAUUAAAAGGACAAAUGAACUAAGAUAUAAUUUACUAUUUUCAUUCACGUUUAAAAACCAUUUUCUCUUCGUGUUUUGAAUCUUUGAAAAAAUUUCUGUGUUGUCUUUGACUGCAUCACUAGGGAAACCGAAUUGAAUUUUAGGCAAUACAGUAAUGUGGCUCGUUUGAAGACGAUAAAUGGAAGCUGACAUCUUCGGGUAAUCUCUCCUAACAACCGUUAUUUGAGUUGUUGCGUGACGUAAAGUAUAGUGUUGUGAUAGACUCUUCGAAACAGGCCGUGAUGGAUUGAUGUGUCAGAAGUGUCAGGUAGAAAAUGGAGGAGAUUCGAAUGGUUUCGUGUGUAUAAAAUGACCAUUUAAUAAUCGCAAUAUUUUAGUUUGAUACAAGUAGAUAAGCUUCAUGCAUGAGUUAAGAACACUGUAGCUUAAAUCACUGUACAGUUACCACUGUUUCUUGUGAGUGAUGGACAAUUAGUUUUCACGAUAAAUAACAAUUUAGCUUGAUUAGAUAUUUUUUGUAUGAAAAAGAAAGAAAAAACUGUUUGUAAUAAACAUUACAUUAUCAAAA